CUGAAGGAUAAAGUCAUCCAGUCGUGUAUCUUAGAGGAAGAAAAACCGGUUGAGGAAACGCAGACGCAGAUAGAGAAAAUCAACUUCCCGCAAGAACAGACCAAGGAAGAAGAGAAGAAACCUGAAGCAGAGAACGUUCCUGAAGAUAUUGGAGAACUUUAUGGAAAAAUGGAUGGAGAUGACGAAGAAGAUGCAGAAAUCCGAAGUUUGCAACUGCUUACCUUCGAGAUCAAACAGGAGAGCAUUGAAACCGUGCAAAAGCGGUGUAUCGAGCUGGAGUAUCCGCUUUUGGCAGAGUACGAUUUUCGAAAUGACACUAUGAAUCCUAACCUUGGUAUUGAUUUGAAACCCUCGACCACGCUCCGUCCAUAUCAGGAGAAAAGCCUCAGGAAAAUGUUUGGAAAUAGCCGAGCCAGAUCUGGGGUCAUCGUUUUGCCAUGUGGUGCUGGUAAAACGUUAGUAGGGGUUACUGCAGUCACAACUGUCAAUAAGAGAUGUCUUUGUUUGGCGAACUCUAAUGUGUCUGUGGAGCAGUGGAGAGCUCAGUUCAAGUUAUGGUCAACUAUCACUGAUAAGCAAAUAGUGCGGUUCACUCGUGAAGCAAAGGAUACGGUACCACAUGGACCAGAUGCAAGCAAGCCUGUGGUCUGCAUAAGCACUUACUCAAUGGUGGCUUAUGCCGGCAAGCGUACCUAUGCAGCCGAAGAGGCAAUGAAGUUUAUCGAGAGCCAGGAAUGGGGGCUGUUGUUGUUGGACGAAGUGCACACGAUCCCAGCCAAGAUGUUCCGGCGAGUGCUCACUAUCGUACAGGCUCAUUGCAAGCUAGGGCUGACUGCUACACUUGUGCGAGAAGAUGACAAGAUUACUGAUCUCAACUUCCUCAUCGGUCCGAAGAUCUACGAAGCCAACUGGAUGGAACUGCAGAAGGCUGGCCAUAUUGCAAAAGUGCAAUGUGCUGAAGUUUGGUGCCCGAUGACUUCCGAGUUUUAUGCGUAUUAUUUGAGAGCUCAAAUUGCUCGACGAUUGUUGCUUGCAGUCAUGAAUCCCAAUAAAUUCCGAAUUUGUCAGUUUCUUAUCAAGUUCCACGAAAGGAGGAAUGACAAGAUCAUCGUCUUCUCCGACAAUGUCUUUGCUCUGAAAAAGUACGCAAUCGAGAUGAACAAACCAUUCCUUUAUGGUGAGACAAGUCAAAAUGAACGAAUGAAGAUCUUGCAAAACUUCCAAUACAAUCCACGCGUGAAUACGAUUUUUGUAUCGAAGGUUGCUGAUACAUCAUUUGACUUGCCAGAAGCUAACGUUCUCAUCCAAGUGUCUGCGCACGGUGGAUCAAGACGACAGGAAGCCCAACGGUUGGGUCGUAUCCUUCGCGCUAAAAAGCAUUCCACAGAUCAGUUCAACGCGUUUUUCUACUCUCUAGUCUCUCAAGAUACUGUUGAAAUGGGCUAUUCGAGAAAAAGACAAAGGUUUUUGGUGAACCAAGGUUAUGCUUACAAAGUAGUUAACCGUCUGCCUGGUAUGGAGAAAGAAGACCUCAAGUUUGGAAACAAGGAAUCGCAGCUGCAGUUAUUACAGCAAGUGUUGGCUGCAUCAGAUGCUGAUGCUGAGGAAGAAGAUGUCAAGGAGGAAAUGGCUGACGGAACGAUUAGGGUCAGUCGAAGAGAAACGACUAUGGCAUCUGCUUCGGGCGGUUCUAGCGUUUCCUAUGCCAACAAAUCGAAGCAAUCGCUCGCCGACCGGCAUCCACUCUUCAAAAGGUUCCGCGAGAAAUAG